GACAUUUUAGUAACUUUGGAUCAUAUCACACCGUAACAGUCUCUUCUCUCUCUCUGACACAUAGCGACGGCGUUCCCGUUCUGUCUUCUGUUCCGUUACAUUACGAAACUGAACAAUCGUUGUCUUUCAAGUUUCAAGUACGAGAUUUGUCUUAAUUUUUUUUUCUUUCUCUGAAUCUCUUUGUCAUUACCAAAGCGCCGAUUCAAACAAUUUGAAUCCAUUCCAUUAGUAGUGAUGGCGUUUUGGAGAAUGAGCACAAGCGAUGCAACUGGAUUCAAGUUCCUCUUCUCAAUCGUCUUCAUCUACGCUUUAAUGUCAGCUAUUGUUUACUCCGUCCUUCACAUGAAAUUCAUCUCUCCUCUUCCUUCAGACGCUCCUCUCGAACGUUUCUCUGAAGCUAGAGCCGUCGAACACAUCCGCGUCUUGGCCGAGGAGAUCGAUGGUCGUCAGGAAGGACGACAAGGGCUUAAAGAAGCUGCAACAUAUAUAAAAUCGCAGUUGGAGAUGGUUAAGGAGAGAGCUGGACCUAAUCUAAGGGUUGAGGUGGAGGAGACUCAGGUGGAUGGUUCCUUUAGCAUGAUGUUUCUUGGCCAUAGCAUCUCACUUGGAUACAGAAACCACACAAAUAUACUUAUGCGUAUCUCCUCAAUGGAUUCUCAUGACACUGAUGCAUCUGUAUUGAUGAAUGCACAUUAUGACAGUCCUGUUAAUUCUCCUGGAGCUGGUGACUGUGGGUCAUGUGUAGCAUCACUACUUGAAUUAGCAAGACUAGUAGUGGAUUCUGGUUGGACCCCUCCUCGACCUGUCAUCUUUCUCUUUAAUGGUGCUGAAGAGCUUUUUAUGCUGGGCUCACACGGCUUCAUGACGAAGCAUAAGUUGAAAGACACCAUUGGAGCUUUUAUAAACGUGGAAGCUUCUGGGACAGGGAGUAUUGAUCUGGUCUGCCAAUCAGGGCCUGGUUCGUGGCCGUCCCAAGUUUAUUCUCAAGCUGCAGUGUAUCCAAUGGCACAGAGUUCUGCACAGGAUGUUUUCCCUGUAAUUCCUGGAGACACCGAUUACAGAAUGUUUGCAGAAGAUUACGCUGACAUCCCCGGGCUAGACAUUAUCUUUCUUCUAGGCGGUUACUACUACCAUACUUCCUUUGACACAGUGGACAGAAUAGUACCUGGAAGCAUGCAAGCACGUGGAGAAAACUUAAUUAGCGUGCUUAAAGCCUUCACAAGUUCUUCUAGACUGAAGGUUGCUAGUGAAAGAAUGGAUUCUAACAAUGACAUGGUUGAAAGAGCUGUUUUCUUUGAUUACUUAACAUUCUUCAUGGUGUACUAUCCAAGAAGAGUAGCCAUGGUACUUCAUAACAUUCCAGCUGCUUUGUUCCUUUGUGUUCCUUUCUUUUUGUAUAUGAUGGACCCUAGGGCACACCCUUUGUUAUCAAUCUUCUGGGCUUUCUUGAAAGGAGUUGUCAACCAUUUCGCUGGGAUUUUACUUGGUGUAAUAUUCCCUGUUCUCUUCGCAGUCAUCAGAUUGUUCUUUGCUUAUCCCAUGAGCUGGUUUGCUCAUUCAUACUUGGCUUUCUUGAUGUUCAUCCCCUGCUCAUUUUUUGGUCUUUUAAUUCCAAGAGCUAUCUCUGACCGUGUCUCACAUUCUCAAAGUGUUUCAUCCAAGAAGAUUAUGAAAGUCGAACCAUCUGAUGAAGCAAGGUUUUGGGGAGCAUUUGGGUUCUAUGCGUUUGCAACUUCGGCAUAUUUUUUCGCUGGAUUAAAUGGAGGAUUCAUGACAUUUGUCAUCUGCAUUUCUAUGCUACUGGGGUGGAUUGCUUUCUGUAUGUCAGUCAAGUCCUAUGGCUAUAAUUCGAUCAAGUCUCCCAUGUUUUAUGUGAUACCUCUUGUUCCAUGCCUUCUGUAUGCUCUAUAUUUUGGUGGUAUUCUUGCACUAUUUUUAAUUGAGAAGAUGGGAAUGAUGGGAGCAAUUCCACCACCUUAUGGGUAUUAUCUAGCAGAUGUAGCAGUAGCUGCAGUCAUUGGAAUUGUCACCGGCUUGUGUUUAGGUCCAGUAAUACCAAUUUGUGAUCGUUGGCUGGCCAAAUCGUCGAUCUUGAAAUUCUUGCUUCACUUCAGUGUGGUCAUGUUGGCAGUAUCAUCACAGUUCUUUCCUUAUAGCAAAGAUGCACCGAAGAGAGUUGUACUCCAACACACAUUCAUCUCUGCAGGUGGAAAUGAAAUCACAGGCUCAAGUUAUGAUUUAGCUGUCAUUGAUUCAAAUUCUAUGGAGUUCAUUUUUAAACAUGCUCCGGAGGUGGCAGAGGAACUUCACGCUGGUCCUUCUUUUUCAUUGGCAAAUGCUGAAGCAUCUCCUCAAGAAGCUUGGUUGGCACUUUUCCCUAUUUCUUGCGUAGUAACAACAAACGGGAGGUUCUCUGCUAAAGCCAACAAUAUUUCAGAACGAUAUAGCCAAUUCCCACACCUACAAACUCAUAAACCGCAAACGACAUUUAAAAACGGAACUCGCAGAGUUCAUCUGGAACUCUCUUUGGGCUCGUUGGAAGAGAUAUGGGUCACGGUUCUGAACAUAACCGGUCCGUUAUCAGGAUGGUCCUUUGCAGAUGGGAAACCUCCAGCACCUGAACUCCCACAGGGUGGUCCUCCUUCUUACAUAUUGAGACUGAGUGGAAACAGCGGUGAGAAUUGGAACUUCUGGUUAGAGGCAAGUAGUGAAGAAGAAGUGAGAGUAGAUGUAGCUGUUCUUGAUCAACGUCUUGAUGAAAAAACGAUACAUUUGAAGGGUCUUUUCCCAAAAUGGUCCGACGUCAUUGCAUACACUAGCUUUCUUUCUACUUACUUCUUUUAAUCAUAGACUGUAUUUUGUAUUUCUCCUUUUUGCUUUGUUUUUUCAAAACAUUAGAGAAUAAAUCCGUUCUUAACAGGGGACAUAUAUAUAGCUCAAUGUGUUUAUUUAUUUAUUUA